AACUAGAUUAAAAUGGCGGCCGAUGAUUACUUGAACGAAAUGCGACGAUACUUUGAAAAUAAUAACCGCACAAAGGACUUCGUUGCUCACACAGCCAAGGUUUGAUAAAAGAAGACUUUUUAUCUUUUAUCUAGUGAUAUCUGGUAUAGAGAUCUUUAGAGAUCUACUUUAACUCGAAAUUCGAUCUUUUGUAAGAAAUUGACAACUAUUAGUUCGAUUUGUCAUUUUGCACGACUUUACUUUAGGUUCAUUCAGUUGCAUGGAGCUCCGAUGGUAGAAGACUCGCAUCAGGAUCUUUUGAUAGAACUGUUAGCAUUUUCGUCUUGGAAAAAGAUCGAUUGGUAAGCAGUAAUUCUGUAAUGUGCCUCUUUAUAUUACUUUGUGUAAUCAUAACGUGAUCAGUUUUCACGAAACAGACGCACUCACUCCAUUGACUGAAAACGAACUUCUCACCUGGCUCUGACAAUUUUUUUCCCGUUCAGGGAUCUAAUUUUUUCUUACACUACCACCCCUGGAUCAUACAUUAAGGUCACAAGAAGAACUGAAAUAAUCACCGACUUAAGAAGCUCUCGAUUGUUAAACAAAUUCUCCUUGUCAGUAUUGUAGGAAAUGUGUAAAGAACGGUACGGAGGAUAUGCAAACUGAUGUUAGGGUGUAAGGGGUUAAUGCAUAUUUACUGGUUUGACUUGAUUAGUCAUAUUCUGUUUUAGACAAAAGAAACAACCUUCAAAGGUCAUGGUGAGAGUGUUGAUCAGCUCUGUUGGCACCCCAGCAAUCCAGAUCUCCUUGUUACAGCAUCAGGAGACAAAACUAUCCGAGUAUGGGAUGCUAGAGGUAAAUAACCUAUAACACCUCUGUUUCUGGGUUUUUGUCUAGUAAUCUUCUAAAUCAUACCAAUGGUCAGAUCAAAACAGCAGAUGCAAGGGUGCACUCCAUGUAACAUAACUUCAACUCCAAAUAUACCACAAAAAUUUUUAGAAAUUUUAAUCCUCACAAAGUACUUGGCCAACUGCAAAGCCAGGCCAACUGCCAUGUAUGAUGGUUGUAUCUUAUUGCCACAUUGCUCCAUAAGAGAAGCCAGAGGGAGAGAGAUUUGAAGUCUUUGGAAAACACUCUUUUUUGGCAUCACAACAAAUUUCUUGAAUUAUUAAAACAGAAGGACAGCUAUGUCAAAGCUGAAUGAGUUAUGUAAAAAUCUGUUCACAUUAGUCACAUUCCCAUUUUGAUGGCUUUGCCAUUUUACACCUGUUGUUAUGCUUGUCACUCUCUGUAUACUCAGAAAUUGUAUCCCAGGCCAGUAUGUGAGAAAGUUUUAAAAUUCAGGCUGGUUAUUGUCAGCAUCAAUGUCCUACACUUGAUGCAACUUGGUUGUGAAAACUAGCCUUUAGGCGGCAACAAAAUUGUUGACACAUAGAUCUUUUCCAACCCCCUAUUCAAUUUUAUCUCUUUUGCCCUUGUUAAGUGAACUUAUGAGCCCUCUUCCCCCUCUAAAAACAAUGAAAAUUUAGCCAACAUUGAAUGGGGUAGUGAAGAAAGGUUAUUGUUGAAAAAUAUUGACCCUCUGAAAGGUGUAAUACAAAAUGCUAUAGUUGUCAUAUUUUAAUUUACAGCCACCAAGUGUGUAUCAGUAGUAAAUACCAAAGGAGAGAAUAUAAAUAUUUGUUGGAGUCCAGAUGGGAACACAAUAGCAGUGGGAAAUAAGGUAUUACAGUUUGUAAUAAAAUAAUUAUACACCAAGGCUGUCCCACCACUCAUGAUUAAUUGGUAUUGAUGGUGCAACAUUUGCCACUCCAGUUUUAGACACCUGUAUGAAGGCAGUACAAUGGUGUGGUAAGGCUGCUGGAGUCAUAAUCUAGUGAUUGUUGAUUCAUUUUGUGUUCCCAAGUUCAAAUCUUUGGCUGUUCCCUUUUCCAUAUCCAGCUGGUCUAAACCCCAACAACUAGGAUGGUAUUUAACUUCAUGCAUGUCUUUUUUGAAAAACUUGUUUCUUUGCUUACUUACAGUGAUCCUGAUCAGCACCUUUGGGGGGAGUCAUAAAUUCAGUGUUAAUUUUUUGUUGUCCUCGUCUGGAAAAAUAAUCCCUUUAGGGAAGGAAACUGCUUUUAAAGCUUGUUUUAAGUUUAUCAAAAUUGUCAUAAAUGUAAUUUUUUUAACCACUCUUGUCCCUAGGAAGACCUUAUUACAUUUAUUGAUGCAAGAACAUUCAAAGCAAGGUGCGAUGAACAAUUUAAAUUUGAGGUGAGAUUUUUGAAUAUUGAGCCCUAAUUUUUAAAAUUGAAAAAAAAAGAAAAAAAAAAAAAAAAACAGGUAUUCUGAUUUUCAGUUUUUCUUUGAUCUAAUUUCUGUGAAUAUUGUUAAACACAGGAAAUAGAACACUUAGGUUUCUAUUUCACACUCUUCAUUGUUGUUCAUAAUAACUAACAAAUAUUUUCUUUUGAAAUUUUAUUUCAGGUUAAUGAAAUAUCAUGGAACAACACCAAUGAUCAAUUUUUUCUCACUAAUGGUCAUGGGUGUAUAAAUAUAUUAAGGUAAAUGGUGAUGAUGCUGCUGGUAACAACUCCAUAAAUCAAUUAACGCUGCCCUUGAAUUAACACGACCCCCAAUCAGAAAAUUGGAGCAUUUAUCUGAUUAUCUAAAAAUCUAAAUUUCCAAGUGUUGUACUAAUUGGUAAUCUACACCAUGAGGUGGUAGUUGUGCAAAAAAAGAAAUUAAUGCAUCCAUUUAAGGCAUCCAGCAGGGGGCAAUAUGUUUUUUUUAAUGUUAUUUUUGUUGGUAAAUAGAAGGGUUAUGUUUAUUAUUAUUGUUUAAAACAAUAAUAAUGCAGCACAAAAUUAAAUGAUUAACUACAUUACUUAGACGGUUAAAGUAUGGCCCCUCAUACACAUGUUCAAAUGAACCCACCUCACUUCUUAGGCCUUCUUUGUUAAUCUGUUAAAGAAAAGAUGAAAAAACUUUCUAGAUGAGGGAUUUUGAGAUCAUUACUGUAGACGCAUAUCUAGAGCAAUUUUCAAAUGGGUGUAGAGUGAUUCAGAAUUGCAUUAGUUUUGCUUAACUUUGCUUUGUGAUUGGUCUAGAAAAGACCCCCAACCUCUCAACCAAUCAGAUGCCAAAACUAAAACUAAUCAUGAUGUGGUCACGUACAUUUUCCCGCGCGUUAAGUAGUUUGUGUGUUUUUAUUGUGAUAUUUGUCUUUGGUCUGAUUGGCCAUUUUGACUGCUUUGUUUAUGUUUUUAUGACAUUCAAUCCAAAAGCCAUCUAAAGCCUGAACUCUAUUUUCUUUAGUUAUCCUGAGUUAAAACCACUGCAAACAUUACACGCUCAUCCUGCCAACUGUAUAUGUAUAAAGUUUGAUCCUAAAGGAAGGUGAGUGAAGCUUCACCUAGAGAAAAAUAGAAUCUACAAAGUAGGGCCAGGUAACGUACAACAUUUUGUAACAACACUGUGUUGUGAAUGAAAGACGAAACUUAGCUACCGUUAAAUUUGGCAUCACUUCAUUAUGGUGCAUGAUGUGAUUAAGGUAUGUGUCUUUAAAUAAUGCCUCCUAUGAAAAUCUUUAACUUGUUUUAUGGAAGUCGGAAUCCUCGUUAUGCUUAUUAAUAAUAAGGCCAUCUACGUAGACAAACAAAGCGGUAUGUUUUAUAAAAAACUACGCAUGUGCAAUGCAUUCAACUGAAAAAAUUAUGUAAUAACCUGUGACUUUUGCUCUGAAUCUUUCACAGAUACUUUGCUACUGGAAGUGCCGAUGCUUUAGUAAGUUUGUGGGAUCUGGAUGAGCUGGUUUGUGUUAGAACAUUCUCGAGAUUAGAGUGAGUAACAACGCUAGAAUUAUUAUCAAUUGAGUGUCUUUUAAUUAGUAACUCGGAAUUGCGUUGGUUUGCACCAUGACGCUCUGUGAUUGGUCCAGGAAACUCGAGCUACCCUCUCGACCAAUCGGAUGCAAAAUUAAAACCAAUCGCGACUUGGUCUUCUGCAUUUUCCCGCGCUUUAGACUGGUUGUUUUUUCUUUAAAUACUGAUUGGCUUCUUGUCGUUUUUACUGACUAUCUUUCGUUAUGCGGCUGCUGCGGCCGCUUUAUGCACGAUAGUGCGUUCAUGAUUGGCAUUUUAAAACCCUAUAGAGAUAUGAAUCAUAUUUGUUACGAGCAUGGAUUCCUGAGUUCCCCGUGAACAUUCGAAUUGAGGCCAGUUCCGAUAUCCCUUCCAACAAGCAAGGGAGAGCCCACUUGCUACGCUCACCUGAUCAGCUAUGUUGAAAGAGACGUAUGUGUGGGAGUCAAGAGACUGAGAAAGACGGUAAAUUUUGAGCUCGGCCUCGUCGAAGCGUAGAUCUUGUAUUCAGGCUUUUUUCUCGAUUUCUCAUGUAUCUAUAUAAUCCUCUAUCGUUACUGAUUUAAGCUUCCAUGAUAAGUCCCAAUGUGGCAUAUCAGGUCUUUCACCGAAACCUUGUUCGUAGACUGUAUCUUUAACACGGAGGAUUAAAUUCUAUCUUAAUUCUUUGUGUUUCAGCUGGCCUGUAAGAACGCUCAGUUUUAGUCACGAUGGAGGGAUGCUAGCGUCAGGUUCUGAGGAUCUCAUUAUUGACAUAGUGGGUGUUGAGGAUCAGAUUGUUCUUUUGGCUUGAUGUUUUGCCUCUUUCCUUCCCACCAGUUUAUCAUACUUAUCUGAACAACAUUUUCACACCGUAUUGGAACCGCUAGACAGCCUUACCUUCUAGUGUAACACUGCAUAUUUUUUUCCAGGCGAUGGUUGAGACAGGAGAGAGGAUAUGUGAAGUACAAUGCAAUGCUCCAACAUUUACAGUAGCCUGGCAUCCUCAGAAACCUCUUUUGGCAUUUGCCUGUGACGAUAAGGUGAAUUAGUCCUACAGUUGAAAAGGAUCUUUAAGCGCUCUACUACUCUGUUGCGCACCAUUUCAGUUGUGGAAUCUCCCCUCCCCUCUUUCCCCCCUUUCACGUAAGGUUUGAAACUGAAUUUUUGGACAAAACUUUCUUUUGAAUUAAUUGGUGUAAUAAAAGAGAUAGAAACUUUAGUUUCCUUUUUUGGUAAAUUUGGACAAUUUGUCUUUGUGUGCUAUCUUUAUAAUCGCCUGAAUAAGAUUUUAACGUCUUCGUCAAUCUCUUUCUCCUAAUUUCACAAACUUGGACUGGAAAAUGGCAUUUCCUUGCCUCAGUGGCCAUAUUUUGAGAAUAAUUUAAUUUUGAUAGUUCUAUUGUCAUCUUUGUGGGAUUUAAGCCUUUAAACAUUGCAUAGAAAAGUGGAUUGACCAAUCAGAUUACGUGUACCAUGCACAGUUGUGUUGUAAUCGUUAAACCUAUCCUUUCGCUCUCAUUUUGCCGAUGCUUUGGCACAACGUAUUAAAACUGUAUGAUUCAAAUUUAUAUACGUGGUCUGAUAUCUGUUUUAUUUCAUAGCAAAAUAUAAUAAAAAUUUUUCAAUUUUUCUUUCAGGACAAACACGAUCGCGAUGCAGGCACUGUCCGUCUGUUUGGAUUACCCACCAACUCCUCUUAGGGUGCAUUUCGACUGAGUGUCGUAAAGUGAAAACCAAAUAUGUACAACAGCCAAUCAGAACAUAGGAUACUAUUCCAAGAGCCAAUUAGAAACGAAAGUAAAUACAAGCGAAUGCCUGAAGCGCGGGAAAACGCUAGUGACGAUUGGUUUUAGUUUUGAAUCUGAUUGGUUGAGAAAGUGGCGCGAAUAUUUUGGACCAGUUACAGAGCGAAGAGAAGCAAAAAAAGCAAUCCCAGAUUUACUUGCGACACUGGAUUGAAAAUUGCUCCUGGUCAAAUAAUACAUUAGUGAAAUGGAACUUACGUGCAAACGCUCUUAACUUGUUUGAAACAAUUUCUAAACGGUUAAGAAAAGAUGAGAGGAUGUAUCCUCUCUUAGUUAUGUUGUUAUGUAUAUCUGUGCUUUUUUUAUAGCCAUUUGAUUAUUGCGAAUCGCCGUGCAUUUGUGAAAUACACUGUUGAAUGAUAUUAUUAAAUAUCUCAUGUCGG